AUGGAGAAGGUGCCGCAAGAGGAUGCCGUGUGCUCAGAUGUGCGAUGUUGGCAGUACCUUUCAUCUUUGGUCGAGUGGGUGCAAGUCCCAGGCUCUCCGCUGCGGACAGACGGCCCAGCGGAGAUCCACUGUGAUCAGUGCCAGGAAACCUUCUGCAAAGGAUGCUCGGAUGUGACUCAUCGGCAGGGCAGAAUGACCGAGCACCGUGUUCGCCCGGUUACUUCAGAGCUCUGCAAGCCAGGUGCAAGAGCACCACCGAUGGCUGUCCCAUCGCUGAGCCGACGCUUCCAUGCUUGUCCCUGGCAUCCGGAGGAGCCGGUGAACUAUUUUUGCUUGGACUGCGAGUCGAACUGCGUGUGUGCAGAAUGUUGCCUUCAUGGAAAGCAUCGCGGGCACUCUGUCCAAUGUGUCCUGAAGGCCGUCUGCAUGUUGCCCGACAGGGCAGAGGAGCUGUUGUCGGCCACGCGGAUCGAGAGCAAGCGUCUGACGAGCAUGGUGAAGCAUCUAAGGGAAAAGAGGCUCGAAGCGGCCAAGCUGGUGCAGAGAGGUAUGGAGGACUUGCAGACAUCACUGCGAGAAGUGGCUGUGGCCGCGCAGAAGGAGGAGUCCAAGCUGAUGCAAGAAGCAGAUGCUCGUGCUUCUGAAGCAGUGGGGCUGCAGAGACAGGAGGAGCAAGAGGGGAGCCUCGCGGAAGCUUACAGACACUUAUCUGAGUUUUUCCAGGUUGGUGAUGCCGUGCCUGCCUUGACAUGGUACGCCCGUCUCCAGAAGGAGUUGCGCUCUCCUGACCCAGCCGUAGGCGGAGCUGCUCUUCAGCAGGUGAGGUUGCAGCAAAGUUCCUUUUCGCGGACGUGCUGCCGACUUAAGGAGGUCACAAAUCGUGUGGCAUCCGUCAAGGCACCGCAGGCUGCAGAGGCGAAGCCGCGUCCCCGAUCUAGAUGA